GUUAAAUGUGUUAUUUUUUAAAUAAUAAUAGUUAAUUGGCAACACUUAACUUUAGUAGUUGUGUUUCUGUUAUUUCUGUAAGUCGGUGUUACGAGGCCAUGUUUUCUGUUAAUGAUAAAUCUUCUGUGACGUCUGCGAAGAAAGUUGAGUGUAAGUUUUGUUGCAGGGAGGCGAAAUAUACUUGUCCUCGCUGUAACUGUAACUAUUGUAGUGUUAAGUGUUAUAAGUGCAACGAGCACGUGCAAUGCAGCGAAGAGUUUUACAAAGCAUGGGUGAUGACAGAGAUGAAAAAUAGAAAAGAAUGUGCUGAUACCAAAUUAGAAAUGUUAAAAACUUUAAAACGGUUGCAUGAAGAAGAAAGAGAAGAAGAUGAUGAUGAUGAUCUUGAAAAUAAAAUUAAUUUUAUUCAAAAUUCUGAUAACUUAAAAGAGGAAGAUCUCUGGAAGUUUCUAACCAAAGAUGAAAAAGACAGAUUUCAAGAAAUAGUUAAUAGUGACGAGGUAGAAACUAUUUUGCCAGUUUGGAACCCUUGGUGGAAUAUAAGAAAACCACGCGUUCAAGAGCUAUGUUCUAGCGAAGAUAGACAGCUAGAUAUCCAACCGUUAAGUCGGUUAACGUCUCGUCUUCCUUCAGAAUGUAUAAAAUAUAAUCUGGUAAAUGUUGUGUAUAGUUAUGUUUAUGUAGCCAAAAAGUAUAAUGGUGAUUAUUGUGAUUUUCCUGCAGAGACAGUUGGUGCUAUUUUAUACCUUUCACCUGUGUUAUAUACCAAUGCAAAUUUUAAUAAUGUAAGCGAGGCAGUACAAUACUGUAUCCAGAAACUAUGCAUAGGAAAUGGCGACUUCUUUUUGGUACGAGAAGCGGCAGUGGAAUUAUUAAAAGAUGUGUCGUCGAUAUUCGAAAGUAUAGACCCGUGCGUGCCCGAGAAAUCCGUGAUAAAUAGCUUAUCGGAUGUGAUUAAAUUAUUCAGAGAAGUGAAAAAAUGCUCGGGUCAUUUCAAAAAUAAAAGCAAAGUGUUAAUCGAGAAAGAAAAAUUAAAAAAAUCCAUUAAAAAAUUGGAAUAUUUUAUUAGCUGGAGUGUGGAGUAUAAUACAUGUUUUCAGCAGCUUAUUUCCGAGUUGGAGAUAGAAUAUAUAUCUUCGGUUGAAAACACAUUACCAUGUGUUAAAAUAGAAAGGAAGAAAACAGCAAUAAUAGAGGAAUUAACAUAAAUUGUGCAUAACUUACUGUUUGAAGAUUAUAUAUAAUUUAUUUUUAGAAAUAAGUUUAUUAAAUUUAUUGUAUUUGAUUUUACAAAGUAUCUAAGCUUUACAUGCAUAUGUAUAUAAAUUCUGAAAUAUAAAAUUUUAAUAAACAAUGCAAAAUGUUCUAAAAAAAUGUGUGUUUGUACACACACACACAAAUAAUUGUUCAUGCAGUCAAUAUUUUAAAUAUAACUUACAAGUGGUAAAGUAUCUUUGAACAAACUUUAAAAGUAAAAAUUUUAUAUAGAAAGAUUCUAGUCAAAAUAACAUGGUUUUUAUAAAAUACUUACAUAAAUAUGCAAACUUAAAAAAAAACAUGCAGAAAAAAUUUAAUAAUCACAUCCAUGCAUUUUUGAUAUCAUAGGCAUCAUACGUAAGAAUAUAUGACAGAGAGCAAUGUUACAAGAUUUUUAUAAAAAAGUAGGCAAAGUAUUUUAAUAUAAAAAGUGCACAAGUUUAUUCUCUGUGUUAUAUAUUAAUUUAAAUUUGUUCACAUUAGGAUUCCAUAUGCUAUUACUGGUUUAAAAUAUGGAUGUAGUAUAUUUCACAUAGGCUGUAUAUAGAAUUUUGUUUUAAUACAAAAUGUUCCAUUGUAUUAUAAUUCUUGAUAGAACAAAAUUUAAAAUAUUUAGAACUUUUGUAUGUCCUGUUCUUAAUUUCAUACACAUUCUUAAUCAUAAUUAAGUUGUAAGUUGAAGAUAGAUGUUUGGUCAAAAAUUUUAAUAAAACUAUUGUCUAUCUGUACUAAAUAAUUUUGUUUCCUUAUAUAUUCUAAUUCAAUUAUUUUGAAUUUAGUUAUUUGAAAAGAAUUCAAAUAAAAUUAAGA